UCCCCUCUCUCUUCUCCACUCGACUCGACUCGACGACCCACCUCUCCACCAACUCGCAACUCCACCAAGCAAACCAAAAACCCCAAAUCCCCCACCCCGAAUUCGGAAUUCCCCCCCAAAUCCCUCGCCGCCCGCCGAUUCAGCCCCGCGGAGACGCGAUUCUCGAAGGAAUUCUGGUUCCCGGAGGCGGAGCAGGCGGAGAAUCGUUUGGUUUUUCUUUUGGGAUGGGGGAGGGGGUGAAGGCGAUGCUGGCGCGGCCGAUCCAGCUGGCCGACGAGGUCGCCAAGCAGUGCGGCGCGGCGCGGUGCUUCCGCGCGGAGUGCGGCGAGCUCAAGGCGCGGGCGGACAAGCUCGCGGCGUUGCUCCGACAGGCGGCGCGCGCCGACCUGUACGACCGCCCCGCCGCGCGCAUCAUGGCCGGGGCGCAGCAGGCGCUCCUCAAGGCCUCCUCCCUCGCCGCGCGCUGCGCCAGCGGCCACCCGCGCCUCAGGCGGCUCUUCACGCUCAGCCCCGCCGCGGGGUUCCCCCGCACCGUCGCCCUCCUCGACACCGCGCUCGAGGACGUCGCGUGGCUGCUGCGCAUCUCCUCGCCUCGCUCCGGUGGUGGUGGUGGUGGUGGUGGUGGCGGCGGCGACGACGACGGGGACGGCGACGACGGCGACCUGAGGGGGCUCCCCAACAUCGCGCAGAACGAGCCCAUACUGUUCCUCAUCUGGGACCACGUCGCGCGCCUCCACACCGGCGGGCUCGCCGCGCGCGCCGACUCCGCCGCCAACCUCGCCUCCCUCGCCCGCGACAGCCAGCACUUCGCCAAGCUCAUCAUCGAGGAGGACGGCGUGCCGCCGCUGCUUAGGCUGCUCAAGGAAGGCACCGACGACGGCCAGGAGGCCGCCGCCCGCGCGCUCGGCUUGCUCGGCUGCGACGACGAGAGCAUCGAUAAGCUCGUCCAGGCCGGGGUGUGCUCCGUCUUCGCCGCGGCGCUCAAGGAUCCACCCAUGCGCGUGCAGGCUGCCGUUGCCGAUGCCAUUGGUACUCUCGCUGACCGGAGCGCUACGUGCCAGGAGCUCUUUGCGCAGAACAACGCCGUCCGCUAUCUCGUCGGUCACCUCGCCUCAGGGACCAUCCAGGAGCACAGCAGGUACUCCGUCGGCUCCAGCAGCUCCAAGAACAGCGCUGCUGCACCUCAGCACAUGACGUCGCUGCACUCUGUCGUGCUUGCCAAGACGCUCAGCAUGCGCCACGGUGGUGACCGUGGCACCUCCUCCUCCACCGAUGAGCCCCCAAGGGUGUCCAAUGAGCAAGACACGAAAAGGAAUCAGAUGCAGUCGGUCGUGCAAUCCGCGAUGGCUGCUAAGACUAAGACGAAUGGGUCGUUGGUUCCACCCUUCAGGCCACAGCUGGGCACGAGUGGUUCUAGUGGCCGUGGUGCUGUCCGGGAGGUGGAGGAUCCGGAGACCAAGGCACGGCUAAAGGCCAUGGCAGCGAGAGCUCUGUGGAAGCUUGCCCGCGGUCAUCUAGGUGUCUGCAAGAGCAUUACUGAUUCGCGUGCACUGCUCUGCUUCGCGGUGCUUCUUGAGAAGGGUGAUGGUGGCAUGGGUACUAGCGUACAGUACUUCUCAGCAAUGGCAAUCAUGGAAAUUUCCCGUGUCGCUGAGCACAGCCUUGCCCUGCGACAGUCGGCUUUCAAGCCUAGCUCUCCAGCAGCCAAGGCUGUCGUCGACCAGCUGCUUCACAUUGUCAGCAAGGGAGACUACGAUGAUCUCUUGCUCCCUUGCAUUACUGCUCUUGGCUGCCUUGCACGCACUUUCACAGCGAGUGAGAACCGCGUCAUCGCUCCCCUUGUGGAGCUGCUCGAUGAGCGUGAGCCACCAGUCAUUAAGGAGGCCGUGCUUGCGCUCACCAAGUUCGCAUGCAAUGAAAACCACCUGCAUGUAAACCACUGCAAGGCCAUCGUGGACAGCGGUGGUGCUCGCCACCUUGUCCAGCUGGUGUAUCUCGGUGAUGAGGUGCAGAUAGAGGCACUGAUACUGCUCUGUUUCAUUGCAUUGCACGUGCCAGAAAGUGAGGAGCUGGCUCAAGCUGGUGUGCUUGCUGUGCUUCUCUGGGCAUCAAAACAGGCUCACAUGAUACAGGACAUGCGUGUCGAUGCACUACUUCCAGAUGCCAAGGGAAGGCUGGAACUCUUCCAGUCCAGAGCCUCCAGGUGAUUUUGGCAGCAAGACCAGCAGACAUGGGUUAGUAAUUUCUUUGCUGCAAUGUGUAAUUAGAGUAGAUUUUUUUUUUCUGUUGUUCAUGAUUGUUCUAUCGGAGUUUUGUUCUCCGUAGGUUGUACAAAUCUCUAGCAAUCAAUCUGUCAGUAAAAUUGGUUGGGAUUAUUGAAUUGUAAUUCAAGAGGCAUUUUAAACAGAUUAUAUGUGUACCUGUAAAGUUGGCCAAAAAUUUAGCUGAUUGUUUUUCUUGUUA